UAGUGCCAUCGAUCUCUCCUCUCCUCGUCGCCUCGAACUCCCCCUAAACCCCAACCGAUCGAACCCCUCCGCCUCCGUCCCCGUCCCGUCCAUGGCCUACUUCUGCACGCUCUCCGGCGAGGACCUCUCCCUCUCCCUCCCAACAAGGGGCGGCGAGAGGGCGCGCGCGCUGGCGGGUCACAUGGCGUCUGCUCUGGCGCCGGAGGAGGGCGCGGGCGCCAAGAACGUCGACGAGGGGCUCGGGAGCGCCGUGGGGCGCCCGUCGAGGCACCGGGCCUUGCGCUCGGACGCGGCGGAGGUGCUUCAGGAGGGGGGAUGCGACCGGCGGACCAAGACCAAGAAGCGGGCGGCGCGUGCGGCGAAGGGGGAGGGGCGCGCUCGGUACGGCUGCGCGUUCGAGGAGGAGGAGGAGGGGAUCGCGGCGCCGAAUCGGCUGGUGUGGUCCAAGGUGAAGGGCUACCCGUGGUGGCCGGCCCAGGUGCUCGACCCGGCGGACGCGUCGGCGCUCGCGCUGGCGGAGCGCCGGAAGGACGGGGCCGUCCUCGUCGCCAACUUCUGGCAGAAGACGUUCGCGUGGGUGUCCGGCGCCGCGGCGCUCUGCCCGUUCCGCGACGGGUUCCGGCGCUUCGCCGCCGUCGACCGCGCCCACGUCCAGCUCUGGGGCGCCCGCGCCACCAUGUCCCCGUUCGCCUCCGCCCUGGACACCGCGCUCGGCGAGGUCGCGCGCCGCGUGGAAGCCGGCCUGUCGUGCGGCUGCGCCAUCGGCUACCGCGUCUCCAAGAAGCAGGUGAUCGACAACCCCGGCGUCCGUGAGGGCGCGCAGGGCGCGGUGGUGGAUGCCGCCUUCACCAGGGACGCGUUCCGAGGCGAGGCGUUCGUCGAGUACGUCUCCGCGCUUGCCGUCGCGCCGCUGGCCGGAGCCGACAGGCUCGAGCUCACCGUCGCCAUGGCGCAGCUCACGGCCUUCACCCGGUGGAGGGGCACCCGAGGCCUCCCCGUGUACACGGCUUGCCAUGGCAUCGACGGCAUUGCCGACGGUGUCAGGGAGGGCACGCCGGCACGCCGUGCCACCAAGAGGGGAAGGCCAAAGGGCGACAAUUCCGCCGAGCGCAAACGGAAGAUGUCAAGGUACUGCACCUGCGACGGCAGCGCAAGCGAGAGCGCGGAAGAUCCCUUGGAGAUGGAGGAGAAGUAUGAGCCCAGGCCACAGCCCGCGUCUCACCAGACGACCACGAAGAUGGGGAGGCUCAUGAGCCAGGCCGCACACCGGAUGUCGCUGUCGCCGGUGAGCCACAAAGCCGAUCCUCAGGCGAAUGCAGCUGCAGGUGUGACGAUGGCAAAGUGCACCGGGGCUGCUGCUGCUCCUUCAGUGAAGCCGCAGAAUGGUGGCCUCAACAAGGAUGAGCCUUUGCUGACCGGGCUGUCGCUGAACUUCACCGGCCCGGACACCGUCCCUCCGGCGAGUGACCUCGUCAAGAUCUUCAGCAAGUUUGGGCCUGUGGUGGAAGCCAGGCCAGAAGGUUUGACGGUCUCCAUGGUGAUCUUCAAGAGGAAAUUGGAUGCCGAGGCGGCGUUUUCAAGCACCCCGAAGAUCCGUGCCCUGGACCCAAAUCUGGUCAGCUACCGCCUCGCCUACGCGCUGCCGGCUCCUAUGCCGGUUGAUUCUCCACAGAGCCCAAUGAACACCGAUGAAAUGGAUCACCUAUUUGUUGAUGAUGAUGAAGCUCUUCAGUAGCCUGACUACUAUGGGUUUUGUUUUGGGGGAUCACUCAGGUUAUUUUGGAUAGGAGGAGGCAAUGAAAGAGAUUACAUGUUCAAAUCAAGCAAGCAAGCAAGUUUUGAAGUAUCUAUGAUAGACUGUAGCAGGGAAAAGUUCAGGAACUAUAUAUUGUCAGUUAUGUUGUAUCCAUGUGGACUGGUAGCUUCCAGCAGUUGAACCUUUUUUGCUUGUCUUCUACAAAGUGUUGUUUGAUGACUAUGUUAGUGAGUUUUAUCUUUUUGGUGCAAAGACAUCUAAAUUGAUGAUGCUUUUUAUCUAUCUAUAUAUCUGGA